AUGAAAAUCUUGAAUGGGAUAAAACAAAGCAAAUCCAUCAAACAUCUUCACCAAAUCCACGCUCACACAAUCACCACAGGUCUAUUACCUCACCACAAACUCACAAUCUUAAACAACAUCAUUUCCACUUUAACUUCCUUAAUCCCCACAAACAUAAACAACAAAACAUGUUCCAAAUCAAUUCUAACAACCUAUGCACUUUCCCUCUUUAACUCAAUUCCAAACCCAACAACUUUCACUUACAACACCCUCAUCAGAAUCCACACCCUCCUCUCUUCCCCCCUCUCCGCCCUCCAAAUCUUUCUCUCUCUCCGCCGUCUCUCUCUCCCACUCGACUUCCAUACAUUCCCUCUAAUCCUCAAAGCUUCUUCUCAACUCAAUUCCCUGUCUCUCGCUCAGUCUCUUCAUUCCCAAGUCUUCAAAUUCGGGUUCCACCAUGAUUCUUUCGUUAUGAACUCGCUUAUUCGCUUAUACUCUGUUAAUCACCGUGUAAAUGACGCCCAUAAGGUGUUCUGUCAAAAUUCUUAUAGAGAUGUUGUUUCUUACAAUGCCAUGAUUGAUGGGUUUGUUAAAAGUUUUCGGCUUGAUUCUGCACGUGAACUGUUCGACGAAAUGCCCCAAAGGGAUAAUGUUUCUUGGAGUACCAUGAUAGCGGGUUAUAGCCAUGCUAAAUUGUGUCUUGAAGCUAUUGAACUUUUUGACGAGAUGAUUAGUUUGGAAUUUGUUCCAGAUAAUAUAGCUUUGGUCUCGAUUCUAUCUGCUUGUGCUCAAUUAGGGGAGCUAGAACGUGGUAGGUUUGUUCAUGACUACAUUACAAGGAAUGGGAUUCGAGUUGAUUCGUUUUUGACGACCGGGUUGGUGGACUUGUAUGCAAAAUGUGGAUGUGUUGAGAUUGCAAGUGGUAUAUUUGAGUCGUGCAAAGAUAAAGAUGUGUUUACAUGGAAUGCUAUGCUUGUUGGUCUUGCUAUUCACGGGAAAGGUUUAGUUUUGUUGGAAUAUUUUUCUAGAAUGGUUGCGGAAGGGGUUCAGCCUGAUGGAAUUACUUUCUUGGGUGUGUUGAUUGGAUGUAGUCACGCUGGUUUGGUUUAUGAAGCUCAAAAGAUUUUCAAUGAGAUGGAAAGUGUGUAUAGGGUUGCUAGAGAGUCUAAGCAUUAUGGGUGUAUGGCUGAUAUGUUGGCAAGGGCUGGAUUGAUUGAAGAAUCAGUGGAAAUGAUAAAAGGGAUACCAGGUGGUGGUGAUGUGUCUGCAUGGGGCGGGUUGUUAGGUGGAUGUAGGAUACAUGGGAAUGUUGAGAUUGCAAAGCAAGCAGCUCAGCAAGUAAUGGAGAUAAAGCCAGAAGACGGCGGGGUUUAUUCUGUCAUGGCUAAUAUUUAUGCUAACACAGAGCAAUGGGAUGAUUUAGUUAAGAUUAGGAGAUCCUUGGGAGCUAAUAGAAGAGCUAAGAAAAUUACUGGCUCUAGUUUGAUUAGACUCAACGGGCAUUAA